AUGCCAGUGGUUUCAUUCAGCAGGCCCCUGAACCAAGCAGACCUAAAGGGCCAAUUAUCAAGGAGUUGUCUUCAGAUGACGAGGAUGGUGCAGAGCGAUGAUAAAGAAGAUGAGAAGAAGAAUGGUAACUUUAGGAAGCAUCCAAGGGAAAGCAAAAGAGCCAUAAUAAAAGACCUAAGCAUGGACAAUUUGGGAGGGAGUUCAGCAGAGCUAGCAUCACGUCCACAGCCUCAGACAUUUAUGUUUCAGAGUUCAACUGUUACAUAUGGUGGUCCAAAUGGAGCCUGUUAUACAUCUUCAACGACUAGGAGGACUGGUGCAGAUGGAAUUACACUGGAAGAAAGUAAGGAGGCUGACACAACUACUGGUAAAGCAUCUCACAGGAUUUCACGUGGCAUUGGCAGUAAGGGUCACUCACUAGCAAGAAAUCUUAAUUCUGAUGGACGUGUGAACACCCUUCAAACUUUACACAACUUGAAUGAAGAUGAGCUUGCUGGGUUUGAGGAAUCGUGGCAAAGAAAAUGCCAGGGAGAAUAUGCCUGGCUGGGAUCCUAG